AUGUAAUCUGGAAACAAUAUUUUUGUUUUCACUCAACAAGACUUCUAAAAAUGUUUUGUUGUUAAUUUAAACCCUCCUCUGGGUCAAGGACAUGAUGCUAGAGUUUAUUUGGCUAUGCAUAAGAAAACAGGAGAAAUGUUUGCUCUAAAAGUGUUAACUAAUUUAUCAUAGGAUCACAUAAGAAAUCUCCAGGUUUAAUUACAAUUUAUUUAGCGAACGAAAUACAAAUUCUUAAAUGCAUAGAUCAUGCAGGAACAGUUUUGUUGAAAGGAUACGCUUAAGAUUAUACUUGUGUUCUAUUAGAGUAUAUGCCCAAUGACACAUUUUUAAAAGUGUUAAAAAAAGGUCCAUUCCAAUUGUCAUUUGCAAAGACUUUGGCAUCCUAUCUUACAAGAGUGCUUGUUACACUUCAUGCAGCUUCUAUUGCCCAUUGUGACAUAAAGCCUGAGAAUAUUUUAAUAGCCGCAGAUUACAAUUUGAAACUUUGUGAUUUUGGUUUUGCUCGCAUCUGUAAAGAGCCUUUAAGACCUCCUGGAGGUACUCCUGGAUACACUGCACCUGAGAUGUACAUAAAUCCAUAAGUAAAUCUAUUUAAAUGUGACGUAUUUGCUUUGGGUGUAGUAUUAUUUAUUGUAGUCAUGGGAUUCCCUCCAUUUUAAACAAAUGAUCCUAAUGUAAAAGAUGGAUGGUGGGGUUUAAUAUAGAGUAAAUAAUUUGAUCUCUUUUGGAGCAAAUGCGAAUAAUUUAAGUAAUAACAAUUACCAUAAGAAUUCAAAAAUUUGAUAAUGUCAAUGUUAGAAUGUGAUCCAGAAAAAAGGAUAUCUUUGUAAUAAGUGUUAGAACAUGAAUUUUUAAUGAAUGGAGCUCCAGAAGAGGAAGUUUUGUAGGAAAUUGAGACAAGAGUGAAAGAAUGA